AUGUCGUCUUCAAGCUUGUCAAAAGAAUUACAAUUCAAUCAUCUGGACCUAUCUUCGUCCAAGAUACACACUUUUAUGGGUUUGUCAGGAAAAAGGUUGCAGUAUGCGGUUUCUUCCUUUGCCGGAGUCGGUUUCUUGUUGUUCGGUUAUGACCAAGGUGUUAUGGGAAGUUUGUUGACUUUGCCCUCGUUCGAGAAAACUUUUCCUGCCAUGAAAUCAUCCAACAACGCUACCUUGCAAGGUGCUGUCAUUGCCAUCUAUGAAAUAGGCUGUAUGUGUUCAGCAUUAUCAACUAUGUACUUAGGUGAUAAACUUGGGAGAAUUAAAAUUAUGUUUAUGGGCUCUAUCAUUGCUACCGUUGGAGGUGCAUUACAAGCCUGUGCCUACACAGUUCCCCAUUUAAUUGUGGCUAGAAUCAUCACUGGUAUCGGGGUAGGUUAUAUCACAGCCACUGUUCCAGUAUAUCAAUCUGAAAGUUCUCAUGCUAAAUCGAGAGGAAAAUUGAUCAUGAUGCAGGGUAGUAUUGUUUCCCUAGGUGUGAUGGUGUCUUACUGGGUUGAUUUUGGAUUCUAUUUUUUGGACAAAGGAAAGACUUCAGAAGUUUCUUGGAGAUUUCCGGUGGCAUUCCAAGUCCUUUUCACUGUUAUCCUUGUUGGUUCUGCUCUCUCUUUUCCCGAAUCACCACGUUGGUUAAUCAAAAAGGGCAGAAAUGCUGAAGCCAGACAAGUCUUUUCGGCCCUAUACGGUCUUCCCGAAGAUCACAAUAUGGUAUCUGCCCAGGUAGACGAAAUUAUUUACUACAACGAAAAAGAGAAGGCAGAAGGUGCAGAUAAUAUUAAAUUGAGGGAAAUAUUCAGGCAGGGUCCAAAUAGAAAUUUCCAUAGAAUAAGUUUAGCGGUUUGGGGACAAGUAUUCAAUCAAUUUUGUGGUAUCAAUUUGAUCACCUAUUAUGCUGGUACCAUUUUUGAGCAAUAUAUUCACAUGUCCCCAUUCAAUGCUAGAAUUUUAGCUGCAGCAAAUGGUACUGAGUAUUUUUUGGCCUCCUUGUUAGGAUUGAUCUUCAUUGAACGGUUAGGUAGAAGGUUUUUGUUGAUUUUUGGCACUGUUGGUCAGGCAAUUGCUAUGGCAUGUUUGACUGCUACCACCUGGGCUGCUGAUAAUGGGAGUGGUUCCAAGGCGGGUAUCGCAGCUGCUGUGUUUCUUUUCGUUUUUAAUAGUUUCUUUGGAGUUUCAUACUUGGGUGCUAGCUGGUUGAUCCCACCUGAAAUUCUUUCUUUACAAAUGAGAGCAACAGGGUCCGCACUCUCGACUGCGACAAACUGGGCUAGUAAUUUCACAGUGGUCAUGAUCACCCCGGUUGCCUUUGAGACGAUAGGUCCAUACACCUAUACCAUUUUUGCGGUGAUUAAUUUGCUUAUCAUUUCAGUUCAUUACUUUUUGCUCCCAGAAACUGCAGGCAGAAGUUUGGAAGAGAUGGACGACAUUUUCAGCCAGACACCAGUCUGGAAACCAUGGAAGGCGGUUCAAAUUGCAAGGGAUAUGCCAUUCCAACAUGUGGACGACAAAAUGACAUGGGAAGAAAAGAAGGCAUUCAUCGAGCACCGCGAAUAUUCUAGUUCUACAGGCGAGUUGGACACUACAGAAGUGAAUAGCAAGUCUGUUUGA